CAACACUGGCGUAAAACACAUGGUCGUUCGAUCGCGCGCAAGUAUGGCUACGUCGUGAGGACGUCUUGUACUCCGCGCAUAGCGUUGUCCCCCAGAAGUUGUGAAGCAGCGGUGUAAAGCUACAUCGUGUGGACGAUUUUCGGUCACUUACUUAGCUCGUGAAGCGCGCGUGUGGUUUCGUGUGUGGUUUACGCUCACGAAGACUUGCGCGCAUUUGAUGUAUAGUUCUCUGACGCUCGCAGUGACGAUUUGGUUCGCACUCGCGCUCGCCUGAACAAUGUUCACAAACUUCGACUUCCGUGGCGUGGCACGGGGACCGUGUUCCGUCAGUAACUGUGAGUGCGAUGGCUACGCGCGCUCGCAGUCCUCCGAGGUGUGCACUUCGCAGAAUGCGACGCUCCAGUGCGGUUGGUGCUGCUACUGCAGCCACCCGCCAGUCUCCCACAGUCGUAUUGAUGGCAUGGACUGUAGUCAGGUGGAGCCUGCUCACAUCAGUUUGGAGGCUGCUCAACCACUAUCGUCUCUCCCGUUUUCAAUCGAUGGGGUAGAGAGUCUCCUGGAACAGCCUGUGUCAGAUGAUGCACCAGCAGUGGAAGCUGAGAACGUUAAAACAGAGCCAGGAAUGGUAUCCAGAGAAAUCCUGCAACCACGGCUAGGCCAGGUGGUGGCCUCGAAGAGACGUGCUCAGAACAUGUUUGCAGCAGUGCGCUUCUUAAAGGACAAAUCAGUUGCUGUGGUUCCAGUGGACUGGAUAGACGGAAGCAAGUGCUUGUGGCCACACCUACUGGCGCCUCAAGACAUUGCUGAGGCUGCUGAACAUGCCGACAUCCCAGAUUCCUCUUUUAUGCGCCGCAACAUCCACAUCCUUAGAAUUGAGUCUUCAUAUGACAAGGCACGCACCUGGUUGGCUGAGCAGGACGCAGACAAGGUUGAAGCAUCCACUGACAAAGGUGACGGUGUGAGCCAUAGCAAGUACCCCAGGAUUGCCUUAUCAGGUGGCAGAGGUGAAGAGCACAGGUUGAAAGACUUGCCACAUAAGCAGUCAAGCUCGGGGAAAACUGCCCAGGGUGUCACGUCUACCCCAAGGAACAAAGCCUUGAAUAUCCAACCCACAGUUAGGCUUCACCGCCUGGCAGGCUACGACAGGUGUAGCCAACAAAUGGACACAGUGGUCGAAGGAAGCCACACUGCGGGAAAUGCCCGCGAAGAGGAUUCACAGAGCUGUCGCAGCCCAUCCAUUUUGAACGUCUGCAAGUCGAGGAUUGUUGCGUGCAGUGAGAGUGAAAGCGUCCAAUCGCCAGAAAGUGUUGACGACUCCAGCACCACCUUGAGCAAGGACACUAGUCCAAGGUUGGAAGAGAAUGUUGACAGGUGUUCUCGAAAAUCAAUAUGGAACUUUGAGGCUGUGGAAAGUGUGGAGCUUGAGGAAGCAGACAAAACAGCGAAUAGUUCCAGUCUUGAAGAACAAGAUAUAGCAAGUAUGAUAUUGAGAGAGCUCAAGACAAUCAAGCAGCAAAAUGAACAAAUCCUGGCAGCCCUUGGUGUACCCAACCAAAACAAGAAUAUGGAACUUGGCAAAAUGAAGCUGCCUGUAGCUGACAUAGACAGCCUGGAUGCCUUGGAAUUAAAGUUGGCAACAGAUCCAGUCUUUCGGGCUUGCCUUACACACCAACUUUCACUUGUUGGAGGCUCCAAUUUACGGGCGUUCGUAGCCGGUGUCCUUCGCUUCCUGUUCAGUGAUGCCGUGGGGCAGCAGUUCAGCAUGCUUGGGCAACGCAAGAAGAGAAGAUUGAAAGAUAUGGUUAUUUACAGCGUCAUUGAACAGGCCAUUAGGAGCAACUCUACAUAUGACAAUGCAACAUCCUAUGCGAUUCGUAUUGCGGCGGGAUCCUGGCUCAAGAACUGCGCUUCGAGGAUGAUGGCUGCUAAAAAGAAACUUGGCGAAGAUCCCAAUGACUCAAGCUCCUGUGACUAAGCAUUCAGAGUAGCAACUCAAUUUUUUUUAUCAUCUACUCUCAAAGUUAUGGCUGUGCUAUAGCUCAGAGUUUUGACAGCACACUUUCACAAUUCUGUAUUGAGGCAAAUUUGUCCGUGCAUUUGCAUGCAUUUCGCCUCAUAGGGGCCCCACAAUGCCUGUAGAAAAAAAAAAAAAAUGUGGAGUGUGUUAGGUAUGAAGGAGGCACUCUCGCAAAUUGUUUUCAAAUAAAGAUUGCGCCUUUUA